GUAAGGGUUGAUCAGCAGUAUCAGGUAUCAGAAAAGCCACUCUUUGUUUACAUGUAUGUAAUUUAACCUUUUAUUAAAUGCACUUUAAAUGUUUGCCUCACUUUUAAUGUAACCUGAAUUCAGUUUUAGGUCUUCAUGGAAAACAGGACAGGUGUUGUGACUGUCUUACAGCAUCCAUGCUAUGAGAUAAAUCAGUUUAGCUACAAACUAACCGCGACUCCUUCUGUUGUAUGUUUAAUGGUGUAUGCGUUUCUGACACUUCUGUCUCUUGUGACUAUAUGUGGAAACCUCCUUGUAGUAACAUCAAUAAUUUACUUCAAGCAGCUUCACACACCCACCAACACUCUCAUUCUGUCUCUGGCUGUGGCCGACCUGCUGGUUGGGAUUUUAGUAUUUCCUCUCAGCAUGGCCUUCUCUCUCAGUUCAUGUACCUAUAAUGAGAGUUUAUUUUGUAAGGUACGUGACAGCUUUGAUAUAUUGUUUAGUACAUGCUCUAUUAUGCACCUGUGUUGUAUUUCAGUUGACAGGUACUAUGCUGUGUGUCAGCCUCUCACAUAUAGAUCUAAAAUCAGCCGUCAUGUUGUUGCCAUCAUGAUCACAGUGAGCUGGGGUGUUUCUGCUCUCGUUAGCAUCGGAGUGAUAAUUCCCAGACUGUCCCCUUACGCAUGUGCUGACAUGUGUUUUCUGGAUGUAAUGACGGCAAACAUUAUUGGACCUAUAUUAUCAUUUUACCUUCCAGUGGUCAUAAUGCUUUGCAUCUACCUGAAGAUUUUCCUUGUUGCACAGAGACAGGCACGAAGCAUCCAAAGCAUAAAGUCCAGAGCAACAGCCAGUAAGAUGGAGAGAAAAGCCACCAAAACUCUGGCGAUUGUUCUGGGAGUUUUUCUAUUUUGUUGGUCUCCUUUCUUCCUUUGCAUUUUAUUUUCUCUCCCGGUUUCUGUGAUUGAAACCGUUAACUGGCUUGCUCUGUCAAACUCUACACUGAACCCGUUUAUCUACGCUUUCUUUUAUACCUGGUUCAGGUCAGCUUUUAAAAUGGUUGUUACUGGCAAAAUAUUCCUUGGUGACUAUUGUAGCUUCAAAUUACACUGAGCUGUUUUGUUGAGGUAUAUAAUGAUAAAAGGAACCAGCAUGAAGACACGUAAAUGCUGACACUAUUGAAUUAGAUACUACUUAAUGUGUGACACACGUACACAUGUAGGUGUGUCACAUCACAUGUGUCACAUCACAUGUGUCGUAGGCAGGAUAGAACCCAGAAACACGACAGAUCAGCGUGUUCUUCUAUCCCAGCUCCACCUCAUCCCUGCUGAAGAUGAUCAGGUUGGAGGGAGGAUCUGUUUAUAAUAGAAGCAAAUUAGUCGAUACCCUUCCAGCUCAUUCAAACAAAACUUUUCUCUCCUAAAACGAGAUUCAGGUAAAAGUAACUGUCCAAUAGGCAUUCGGCAUAUCAUAAACUUAAAUAAAUAAAUACUUCUAAGGUUGGUUAUCUGUUGUUUAUGUUGCAAAGAUAUAGUUUGGAUAGAUUUCUUGGGAUUUACAAAGAAACUUUAAAUCUGCGCAAUAAAGUUGUGUUUGGAACUAGGAGUUACCUUGGAUAGAAUCAAAGACACUUUCAAGUUUUUCCUCAGUCAUUCAGUCUAAUUAAAAGAAACAGCUGGGUAACCUGGUGUCGUUAUGCCCACCACACUAUGGAGUAUGGAUUUGAAAAAGCAAACGCUGGAGUUGUCUACAGCUACUUAUUGUCGACUUUAGGAGGUAUAAACCAGACAUUCAGCCCAUCGUUAUAAAAGGGGAAGGAGUGGGGAUGGUACCAAAUCUAUGGUACCAGGUCACCUACAUCAGUGAAGACCUGACCUGGAACUCCAACUCCACUUUAGUCCUGAAGAAGACACAACAGAGACUGUUUUCCCGAGGAUUCUCAGGAAGAACAACCUGAGAACUGAGCUUUUGCUGUCCUUCUGUCGCUGCCCUUUUUAGGCCUGUCAUGAUAAAAACAUUUGCUGGACAAUAAAUUGUUCCAAAUUACUGAGUUUGUUUUAAUUUAUCAUGCGAUUAAUUGAUUUAUUGAUUAUUGUGACAGGCCUACGCACUCUCACUGGUAUAUCCCAGAGCAGUAGUAACUGUGUCAGUUCUUGGUGACCAACUUCAAAUUGCAAUUAUCUUUUUCUUUUUCUUUGGUCUGUUUGUAGUAGUUCUGUCCUAAAAAUAAAGAAAAAAACAAAAUACAGAAACAAAUUUCAGAACAUUUUUGAUAACUAAAUGAAGCUAAUAAUUAAAAU